CCUUUGGCAAAUAUAACUUCGAUUGCUGAAUUAAUUGUCAACAAAUUUACUCCAGAGAUCUGUCGCUCAUAUUUUUUCGUAGUCCCUGAAUGUGUAUCCAGAAUAGAACACGUUUUGGUACGGAGUCUGUUGUAACUUUCAGUUUCAAUUCACGUAAAUGAUUACCACAGUAAUAACCAGCUUCGAGUACGAAUUAAGAUCAAUGCAACCUGAAUCUGAUAAAUUAUACACAAGGUUCGUCUUCUGCAAUGAUUCCUAACGAUAUACCAUUUACAUAACACAGCAAUGACACUGAAAACUCUAAGGAGGCAGUAAACUGUUUUCUGAGCUUCUCGGCUUAGAGUCGCCUACCCAACUUUCAAAACCUCACACAUAAGUCUGUAACAACACACCUGAAAUAAAGAUAUUGCAACAUUAACAUCUCUAAUAUCUAGUUUUCUGUUUACAAGACCUGAAUUUUUUGCUCUCCCGGUCGCGGAAACUGAUGACGAAAAAAGCUAAAUUUGCCAAUUUUCAAAUCGCUGUAGAAAAUUCCCUGCAAAUGAUAGCCCCAACUGCUACACUGUUCAAUACUCCAGUAACACUGUAAAAUCUGAAAAUAAGCUCAAAUAUAUGUUCCAUCCGUACCGUUUUUUCGCUAUUCCAGUUUUCCUGAGGCCCCUGCUAAAAUGACAACCCCACUUUAAGCUAGCUCAGAGGAAGCAUGUAUACGCUCCUGCAAGUCAUUUCGUCAUACUAUCAAGAUCAAGGCUACUCAAUUGAUUUUCUUGAACUAAGUGAAACUCAAUUCUAGCCGCUGAAACUUCAAUUCUAGCAAUUAUUAUUAUUUUAAACUUCAAAUGUCCACUUCAAUCCGUAAAUUGCCUCUUAUUUGUAAAUUUGACCCUGGCCAAUUCGACACUAACAACUCAAAACUGUUUACAACCUCCUAAAAUCUCGUGGCAAAGACAGCUUUCCGCUAUAAUAUUGUUAUUGUUGCCUAUAUCUCCUCUGUGAAGAUCAUCAAAGGGAGAUAAAUCAUGUAGGAGAAAAGGGAAAUAAGCUUUAUAUCAAAAUUGCGUUUUUGGGGAAACUAGAUAGAUUCCCAAAUAUGUGAUUGAUGUUUAUGUAAGUUCAAUUGUCUGCCAAUUUAGACCAAUAUAUCAAUUUAUGCAAAACAGAUGCAUAUUCAAAUAAGAUUUACCAAAAGUAAGCACCUUUUUAACACUUUUUUGUUACAUUUAAUGGCCUUAAUGAUGUAUUAUAAAUCGUUUCGGCUGGUAUCGUGAAUGUUGAGUGAAUGCUGAACAUAAGUUUAACUAUUUUGAUGCAUAUCAGUAUAAAAAAUAUAGAUGUUGAAUGAUAUUAGAGAUAAAAAUCAAAUUACUGUACCGUGCGUCCGAGUGUUGCAUAACUUUGCAACAUUCUCAAAAAUACAGUUCGUUUCUAUGGCAACCAGUUAUCAAAUUGAGGUUAUAAAUGUUUUUUAUUUAUAACAUCUAUCCUAUCAUUGUAUGUCAGGAGUUUGAAGAAAAUGCUUGACAAUGCGUGGCACAAUUUUCUCAAUGGUUACAGAGAAUGACUAUUAAUAAUUGUAUGCAAGAUGGAUACAUCAAAGCACGCGAAGCCCAUUUAUAACUCAAAAGAUAGAUAUUUACAGGAGAAGGACACUGAUUUACACAAAGAUGUAUACCACAAGACAUUGUAUUUCGGGAAUGAUGCAGGAUUUGAAGAGAAAGAAGCUCUGAUGAAAAAGAAGACUGAAGGAUAUGGAAACGAAUCGAACGUAUCUGAUUGUACAGAGAUGUUUGGUUUUGAUGAAGAUUCAGAAAAGAAUGACAAUUCUUUUGCUUUUGAAGAAGACAAUCGCGGUCUAUGGGGUAACAAAUGUGAGUUCUUUCUUGCAAUAAUGGGCUAUACUGUUGGCUUAGGGACCGUAUGGAGAUUUCCUUACUUGUGUAGCCGCAAUGGUGGUGGGGCAUUUCUGAUACCGUUUUUCCUAUUUAUGAUCACGUCUGGAGGUCCACUCUAUUACCUAGAAGUUUGUCUGGGACAGUUCAGUGGAAAGAGUGCUGGACUUGCUUUUGAGUUUUGUCCACUGCUGAAAGGAAUAGGUCUGUUGCAACUGAUUUUAUCCGUCACUGUCACGUGGUACUAUAUGCUCACCAUGGCCUGGAUUCUGUAUUUUCUGUACAACUCAUUCUUUCCGGUGUUACCUUGGAGCACAUGUGAUAACAAAUGGAAUACAAAUAGUUGCAUAGGUAUUUCGGAGCUGUGGACUGGCACAUCUGUAAAUACAAACUAUUCGAUCUCCAGUACGGAUAUGGAUAACAAUGUUUCAAUUGCCCCCAGUUACAAUAUGUCAUCUGAAUUCUACAACAAUUCAGGACAUUUUUUCAACACAACAGCAACAGUACUGAAACAACAGUCGUCAGCAUACGAGUUCUGGGAGUACCGAGUGAUAAGGCGAUCAGAUGGUUUGGACAAUAUGGGAAAUGUUCAACUCCAUCUUCUCAUUUGUCUGUUUCUAUCGUGGGGCCUCACUGUUGCUGCGGUAAUCAAGGGUGUAAAAUCACUAGGAAAGGUAGUUUACGUGACGGCAACAGCUCCGUAUAUCUUCAUAACCAUAAUGCUUAUCAAGGGACUGACGCUAGAUGGCGCUUUGGAUGGAAUUAUCACAUUUCUAAAACCUGAUUUUUCUAAAUUGCUCACAGCACAGGUCUGGCUAGACGCAGCAAUACAAGUGUACUUUUCUCUUGGUCCAUCCUGGGGAGGACUCAUCACAAUGUCAAGUUACAACCCAUUCCAUCAGAAAUCUUUCUGGCCAUCCAUAAUGUGCGUCAUGAGUGCAGCAUUCACGUCAUUUUAUAACGGUUUAGUCGUUUACACUCUCCUAGGAUACAUGGCAGCCUCAACGGGUAGCUCUGUCCAGGAAGUGGCCUCCCAGUCAGGUCCAGGUUUGGUGUUUGUGGUAUUCCCAACGGCUUUGAGUCAAAUGCCACUUCCUCAACUUUGGUGUGUAUUGUUCUUCAUCAUAUUGGUAACCGUGGCGUUUGACAGUUUGUUUGGAUUGUUCGAGACAGUAACAAGCGCAAUUGUUGACUUUUUUCCACGCCAGCUUAUAUCUAAACGCACAUUGGUCAGUGUGUCUGUAGGUCUCGCUUAUUUUGUCUUUGGCAUUCCACUAACGAUGAAUGGCAGUAUCUAUCUUUUCCAACUAGCAGACUGGUAUUUCUCCACAUUUGGGCUUCUUGUUGGUUCCCUCUUCGAAUGCAUUGGUCUCUGUUGGAUAUACGGUACUGACAGAUUUGCUAAAGAUAUAGAGAUAAUGACUGGCAGGAAAGUUUGUGUUAUGUUACGUGUAAUGUGGGGAGUUUUCAUACCAAUAUCUCUUAUUAUUGUCUUCAUUGUUGUCCUGGCACAGUAUACAACGCCAAAGUAUGGUUACAAUUACAGCGCUGGUACAAUAGCGACAGGGUCCUUCAUUGGAAUAUUACCGAUUACAGCAGUUUUCUUGGCAGCUAUAGUAACUUUAUUAAGGAGUAAAGGUCACUUUAUGCAGCGCUUGAAGACCAGUUUGAAACCCAGUAAGGAGUGGAUUCCGCAUGACAGAAAAGCUGCAGAGGAGUACAUGGAGAAACCUUACACGUAUCCUGAGUCCUGGUGGGGAUAUAUUGCGUUAAAUUUGAGAGGGACAAAAGACAACCCUAUCUUCUGAACUUGUAGAUACCGCGGUUUCCAGAAUUUAUAUGCAUACGAUGACCUUCAUUGCCUUUGUUUGGCUGCCUUUUCAAUAAUUUGUAUUUUUCUCAGGACUAAAUUCAAAACCAGAUUUUUUUAUAUUUUCGAUGUGUAAUGACAUUUUCUUUCUGGUCUGGUGCCAGUUGCUUAUGUACUCGUAUCCAGAACUACCGUGGUAAUUUCAUAUUCUAGCAAUUUGGACUGCACAUGUUGACGGAUGUCAGCAUUACCCAAUGAGUCGAUUAAACCACACUCCGACUCAGAGGACACACAAAUUUGCAACUAGCGAAAUCUUUAUUGCGGAGGAUAUUUUUAGAUCCUCAAAUCGAGAGUGGAACGGAAAUCUGUCGUUACUCGUAUCAAAUAAUAGAGUUAUAACAGUUUUCUGUUCAGCCAUUAAAA